AUGCGACGCCUCCAUGCUGAUGUCGAUCACCUGGCACAAAACAAUCUUAAUGCACGACACUUUAAUAAUGAACAAAACAGCGAUGAUGAAGAUGACACUCUGAUGAAACGAUUCAAAUAUCUUCUAAAAAAACGCAUGGACCUUAGUGUUAGAAGUAAUAUGAUGAAAGGCACAGUGAAAUGGUUCGAUGAAAAGAAAGGCUUUGGUUUUAUUACUCCUGAAGAUGGUAGUAAAGAUGUUUUUGUUCAUUUUAAAGCAAUUCAAGACAAUGGAUUCAAAACCUUGGCAGAAGGUCAGAAGGUUCAGUUCCGUACAGAACAGGGUUCGAAAGGUCCAUCUGCAACGGAUGUCACGUCAAUAUAG